AUGGGUGCGAAAGGUACAAUUGGCAAAAUUGAUAGCCCAGAGACAGAUGGCGGCUCUCAAAAGACAUCAACAAAAAAAAAUCCUGGAACCGGAAUAACUAAAAUCAUGUGUAACCGAAACAGUCAGUGCCAGCCUGCCCUGGUUUUUAUGAAGGAAACUGAGCGCCAAAAACUUCAGGAUAUUUUGCACAAGGAAGUGAUCCGGAAAAUCCUGCUCCUGCAGACGUGGUUCCGGGCAGUUCUGGACAGAAGAAGAUUCUUGAAGAGCAAGCAAGCUGCAACCACUAUCCAGGUGCAUUUCCGUUCCUACCUCCUGCGGUCAGCUUUGCGAAGAUGCCGAGCAGCCAGUAUGAUCCAGGCAGCGUGGAGGCGAUACGUGCAGCGACGUGAUUUGAAGCAGCAGCUCCAAGCUUUGGCACUAUGCCAGGCCUCAAGCCCUGGAGGUCUGGCCUCGGAAAGUGUCUGCACGGUGCAGCAGCGAGAGCAGCAAGGGCCUGAACCUGCAGGUGGGGCUGCUCGGGCCCCAGAGGAGCCGGACCUCGUCCCGUCACUGGACACUAAGGUGGUGGAGCCGGCCCAGGAGCAGCCAGGUUGGAAAGAGGGUGCUGGCCUGGGCGAGGUACCCGAGUACGGUGCCGCUCCCUUAGCUCAGAAAGCCCCAGCAGAGGGCACAGAGAGGUCAAACUCCUGCCGGGAGAAGCGAGAGAAUCGGAGGAUGCGGGGACUAGAACAUGACAAACUGCAAAGAGAGUUGGUAUCACCAACACCUCGGGAUGGCCCUCCAUCACCUACAGACAGUGACUGGUCAGUUAGAACACUCAAGACUGUGGAAAAGGUGGCACAGAGUGCCAGUCCCCUGGAUAAGGGAAAAGUCAAUGUUCAGCCAGAUAACGGACAACAUUUGGGACAGGAACAGACGGAGGAAGCCAGCUCCCCUGGCACCAGGACUGAGUCCGGAAUAACUCUGGAGCACAGGGUGGAAGGAGACAGGGUCCCACCUCUGCACUCAGGCCCUAGUCCUGACCCACAGGGUAUGGACGGCAACAGAGAGGCCCUAGCUCAGCCUCAGAGGCCAAAGAGUCUACAGUUGGUCACUGCCAACUCCCCGGUGCCAAAGGACAAUGUGUCAGAAAGAUCCCACUCCCCAGCCACUGGUACCGAGGCUAAUAGUAACCAAAUCGCUUGGGAAGUUCUGGAAAGUCCAAGCUCCUCACAGGGAACUCUCCAGCGCUACAACGACCGUGGAAAGCUGAGGGACAAGGCUGAGAAGUGGAAAGAUAAACGGUACCAUGAGGCCAUGACCCCUUCUUCAGAGAAGGAAGGAAGUCCCCAUCCCAACACAAUCGCAAACAGGGACAAGGAAACCCCGUUACAGGAAGGUGGGGUGCAGCUGGACUUGACAUCAUCCCCAGAAACUGCAGCUGAGACCCCAUUGCGAGAGACUCUACCAACUGAACUGCAAGAAGGUGACAGGACACCGACCAAACAAGUGGUGCAGAAGAAAACAUCUCAGGAACCGGAUCCCACGCAGACUCUGGAAUCUCCCAAGUCUUUAUACCGUGGCCCAUUGCGGAGGUUUCUCGGGAAGAGACAAGCUGAAAAAAAGUCUUCGAAGGAGCUGUCACAGGCGCUGGAUGAGGUCUCUCCAAUCCUGCUUCCCGACACAAUGAAGGGCUUUGGAGACAAAGUGGAGCUGGGUAAAUCUGCCACUUUCCCCAUGGCACAGACCCCCCAGUACCUGUACCCUGACACAGGCAAGGAGCACACCAGCAAAGGGAAGAGAAGUCGCAGCAUCAAAAUCAGCAAUGCCACCAGUGCCUCGGAACAGUGGGGGGCCCACUUGGGCCAAAAAAUCACUAAUGCCAACGAACUGAAGAAUCUGGAUGAGUUCCUCCUGAACAAGGUGAAUGACCUCAGUUCCCAAGCUUUGCAGGAAUCGAAAAUUGAAACUUUAUUCAUCACUGUCACUGAGAAAUUCCGACUGACCCUGAAAAGCAUGUACCCUGUCCACAAUGGUCAGACCCAUGUGAGCUACAAGGACCUGAUGAGGAAUUAUCAACUACUUCUGACCAAGAUGGUGGGUGAGAGACAGAAAGCUGAGGUGCAGUUUGUCCUCAACCUCUUCCAGUCCCUGCUUGAUGAGUUUGCUCGAUGUUACUCCAAGAAAGAGGAGUUGGAGGCGCUGAAGCCAACAAAAGCCCGGAAGAAGAGGCGGAAACGCAAUCAAAUUAAGGAGGAGCACUUUGGGCAUUUAUUCCGGAGUUACCAAGUGAAUAUCCGGCAGUCGUGUGAGCAGUGUUCCUCCUACAUCUGGCCCAUGGAGAAGGUUCUGCUCUGUUGCACUUGCAAAAUGACUUGUCACAAGAAGUGCCUCCUGAAGAUUCAGGCCCCCUGCCAAUCAAGCUACAACCAAAAGAGUGACCCUGACGCAGCCUCUCGGCAUUUUGGUGUUGAGGUCUGCAGACUGACUGACGAGAACCAGACGGUGCCUGUGGUCAUGGAAGUGUUGGUGGAAUAUGUAGAAAUGAAUGGACUGUACACCGAGGGAAUUUACCGGAAAUCUGGUGCAGCAAACAAGAUGAAGGAAUUACGGCAGAGACUGGAACAAGACCUGACAUCAGUGGGUUUGGAGAAAUACCAUAUUCACGCUGUUACCGGGGUGCUUAAGCAGUGGCUUCGUGAACUUCCAAUCCCCCUGAUGACCUUUGCUCUUUAUGGUGACUUUCUGCGUGCUAUCGAGCACCCUGGAAGACAAGAGCAGAUCCAAGCAGUUUACAGUGUCCUCAGUCAACUGCCGAGUGACAUUUACUGCACGCUCGAACGACUCAUCUUCCACCUGGUCAAAGUGGCUAUACUAGAGGAGAUGAAUCGUAUGUCUCCCAAUGCACUGGCGAUUGUCUUUGCCCCAUGCAUUCUUCGUUCGCCAGACAGCGCUGACCCACUGACCAGCAUGAAAGACGUCUCUAAAACAACCAUGUGUGUUGAGCUCCUGAUUACUGAGCAGAUGCGGAAGUACAAAAUCAAGAUGGAUGGCAUUGCUCAGCUGGAGACAGAGGAGCAACUUGCAGUCCGACGCCUCUCACUCCUGCGUCUCUGGCCUCUUGAAGUUGGGUUCUCUGCUCCGUUCGAUGGGGUGUUGAGCAAAGGACCUCGGAGUCCAAAAUCCACUGAGGAGAAUCCCACCAAGCUGGGAAGUUUGGAUGAAGAAGAGCCUUCUGACACUGACAUGGAACACGAAGAGGAAAUCCUGAUGGAGCGAAUCCUAUCAAUAAAGGAGGAGAGGGAUCAGCUGACACUUGAGCUCCCAGAGUUGGAACAGAGAGGUUCUGAUGAGGAAAACUUGGACUCGGAGGCUUCCCUCAGCAUGGAGAGUCUGCUCGAUGAUCGGCCGGGGCAAGGGGAGGCCGGAGAUGCGGCCGUGUUCCGGUUCACGGGAAGACUCCGAGCCCUGCCUCAGUCCGUGCCUAUGCUACAGCCAGUACCUGCCAAGCCUGACCAUGGUGCUCCCCUGGGUAACUGUGCCUCUCUGCCAGCCCGUCCCUCUGUUGCCCAGCGACGUGCACUUUCCAUGCUUGCCAGCAUCAAGUUGCCUCGGCGUAAUGCUGCAUUGCCCACACGUAACAUCAAGCUGCCCCCGGGUAUGGUCAGUACAGUGUGCCAUGUCCCUGUGGACGGCGGGCAGCUGCAGCAGCAGGUUGUCAGCGUGUGGCGGCGCGAGCAGCCCUCCAGGCGAUCGGAUAACAUUCACUCUGUCUACAUUGUCACACAAGAGGGCCUCUCGCUGCAGACUUUGGCUCAGACUGAUGACACCAACCCCACUCCAGCAAAGGUCCAGCGCAGGUUUUCUGAUCCGCUGUCAGAUCUUGCUCAUGGGGCCAAUGCCUCUGGCCUGUAACAUUCCCACUAACUCCAGGAGACAGCACUGGACAUUUCCUGGGUUUAUAAGCACAUCUCCCACUUGACCUGCCACUCCAUGCCCUGGUAAAGAGCAGAGAGUGAGUGAUUAGCGAGACUGUAACUGGGAGUUUGAGUGAAAAUGAGUGCCUGGGCUGUGUGUGUAUGAAUGAGUGACAGAGAGAGAGAGAGUGUCUACCCAGGCUAAGUGUUAGCUUGAGUCAGCGUUGUGUACGAUUUACUUUCCAGUAAAGCCCUCAGCUGACUGGGGAACUAUCCAACAUUUAUGACUCUGGGAGGAGGGAGGAGUCUGAGCUCCUGCCCUGUCCCUGUGUAACCAUUUCCCAAUGAUUAAAUACGAUUUUUAUAUAUAAAACAAAA